CCAAACAAUUGAAAACGAAUUUGAUAUAUUUGUAUUGUCAAAGUCAGCUUUGUUUGCAAUUGUAGAACUAAAUCUUCAAAACCUACGUAGGAAAGAAAGACCAGGCAAGAAAAUUUUGUUAGGUAAAUCGAUUAAGGAGGAAAUAAAUUGGCUUCCAUAGGAAAAAAAAUAUUUCGUCGAUUAACCCGUGAUCAAAGUCUCCGGAAACGAGGCAAUUAGAUACUUUUUUCACACUUAACAAUAGAUCGGAAGAAUGAUUUUAUUAUUAAAUUUGAUUCAUUUACACAAAAAGAGGACUUAACGUCAUUCCAUAGCUAAAACAAAUGCAAUCCGAAGUGCUGACGAUAUUAAGAACAAAUUUAAAAUGGAAGGAUUUUAAGCUUUCGUGCGUAGAUUUACUUCAAGUACUGCUGCUAAAAACAAAAGCUUUCUCUUUCCUUACACCUGACGUCAUACCUUUAAAUCAAUUCUUACUAAGUGAUUGACUCAAUGUCAACUACCUAUUUUAAUUAAACUCUUAAACAAUAUCUUGAAUAACCUUCCUUCACCAACAAUUUAGCCCCACUAAUUCAAUCUAAGUUGCAAUUCUGUCUCAAUAUAAUUUCGGUAAAAGGACCGCGUUCCGUUCAGAUUAUUCAAUAAAAUUAGAUCACACUAAUUUUAUCGAUGGGAUAUUGUUGACAAAGGAGGCGCUUUGUUGUAUCAAAAAUUGCUUUAAAGUAAACACAAACCAAAAGUCUCUUGUUGACUAUUGAACAUGCUUAACUAAGUGGGUGUGGUAUCUCGGAUACUGUCUCAAGAUAGAACUCUCCGCUCUCAAACCACGAGUACAGUUUGAGUGAGCGGCCGUUGAAGAACGCCGCUCCGAAGGACAAAUCUGAGUCAUCAGAAUCACAGCAAAUUGAAAAUUACCACGAUGGACUGCAUGAAAAAAGCAGUGGUGUUCGUAUUGGCGUGCAUGACCUUUCUGGAAACUCAAGCCGAUGAAGACAUUCUAACUAAUUCUGAAAAUGGAUUUCGUUACAAAUAUCUCGGCUGUUAUAAAGACAAAGUUCCUUCUCGAGCGCUGCCAGUACAGUUGGAAAGCGCCAAAAACUUCAUCAGAUGGAAAAUUGACGGCUAUAACUUUAAAAAAGUAAUCGACGUGUGCGCGGACCGCGCGCGUGCCCGCGGGCUGUCUCUGUUUGGUGUGCAGUUUUGGGGGGAAUGCUGGGGAGGAGAACAAGAUGCGCGUUACUAUAGAUACGGCAGGGAAUCGCGACCCAAAAGGUGCUUCACAGGAAUAGGAGGGUCUUGGACUAACGCUGUUUAUAAACUCAUUUGUAAGUACAAAUAA